GCGAUGCUGCCUUCCCACAAGGAGGGGUGGGGUUAGAAAAGGUCGACCCUAAAAAUGUCACACCUCACCUUACCUCACGGAUUUCCGUCUCCGGCGGUAAGGCCAUCUGAAGAACGGAGCUAACACGUCAAAAACCUUCUACAAAAAGGCCGUGCGCGACCGGCCUCAAGCAGUUGUCCCUUGGGCUCUGCGGUCACGCUCCCAGGUCGUUAAGACCAACACUAAUCCAAUUUCCUUUUCAGGUUCCUCAAGAAAUACCCUUCCACGGUGUGGGCAGCCGGGAAGUGACAUCAGCCCUCACACCCGUAACAGCACGGCUGACUUGUUGACUUAGAAUACCCAGGUGAUAUCGUUCGGUUUGGUGAAGACACUGGCAAAAUACCAUCUUCCAACCACUUUAAGCAACAAUCUGAACAUGUCAAUGAUGCGGUUCUCUCCCUCGAAAUAUAAAAUGUGACUUCAGGAUGGGUUUGUGUCAUCGCCUGAACUAAUGAUGGGUAGUGAAGUAGUUGAACGCAUCGACCGCUUAACUUAUCUUGGAUGUCUCGUUGGUCCUGAGGUCUGACGAAAUCUCUGCACUGAUUCGAAGAGCUUUAUCGACUUUCACCAAUGAAAUCUCAGUGACUAAGUCAUAGUUAAAUAGUUCAGACAACAUCUUACAAUCAGUAGACCACUUCAAACACUGAAAUAUAGUCAAGCUUGUUUCAAAUUUGAUAUCAAAGCUGUUCAGUCACGUAAUAGCCAUAUGGUAAGUAGUUAUAUACUAUAUGCCCGAUAAUUUAUGCAGGUUUGUAAGACAACUUACUAAUUCGUCUGUCAUAUAGAAAGGAGUUAAAGUCAACGUCAGUUUAUUUGUCAGGGUUCUAAUGUGGUGUGACAACUUAGGUCUGUACACUCAUAUCACAGUUUUUACAUUGUAUAUGACUGAUUGUUUGUCAUUAUGGAAGGAUAGUGUAGGUCGGUACUAUUAAUCAGAUACAUGUUAUUUGUUUAUUUUUAAAUAUUAACUCUUGGAUGUAUUGAAGAGACACAUAAUUGUAUGCUAGAUACUCAACCCUUCUUAUGUGUCAUAAUGUACCCAUUACAAGUAUUAUCUCUCAAUAUCUGGAUUUCUUCAAGAUUUAACCGUCAACAAUUUCUUUAUUAUUUCACCGGUUGGCGUAUAGUGAACUUAACCAAAUCAAUACAUUAGACUUUCAUGCUUGUCUUUUGACACUCGCUUUUGCACGCAGGAUGUGGCUGUUCAAGUCACUAGCCAGUACCAUUUAUUAGAAUACCGUUAAUUUCCUUAUCCACUUAUUAUUUACUUUAAUCUCUAAAAGGAAUUUUGUUUCUGCCAAGUAGAAAUUACCAACCUCGUUACCACUAAGUUUGUAGGGUUUAAGUAUAGACUGAUUUAUUUUCAGAUGAAUCGCAUAUGUAAAAUUUUCUUACGAUCUACGUUUUUCAGUGGUGACAAUUGAUUUUAGCAUUAGAUAACUCACGUGUUUUGAUAUAUAAAAGAAAUUACUUCUGACGAUAGUUGUGUUUUUUAUAGUAUUCCGAUACUAUAUCCACACUUAAUUUCAUUGGAUUUGUAGCUCAGAAUUAGUCUAAAUAUGUCAACCCCAAGAACAUAUGAAUCAAUGAAGAAACUACUUGACUGUGCUAAAUUGGAUAUCUCUUUCACAUCAAACAUAUUUCAGUCAGUGAAAUUUGACCAUCCAUUAUUAUCCGAAGAGUACAAAUUGAUUGAAGUGCCAAAUUGGUUAGCCGAUGAAGUGAUUCAUGGAAGAGGGGACCAAGCUAUAACUUUAAAAGAUGAACAUAAAUCUAAUAAUACAGGGCGUGUAUUUGCUUGCAUAAGUGACAAAACUUUUUCGGUUAUAGAAGCAAAAACGUCUAAUACGCUCCUUUUAGCCUCUAGUUGGUGGUUGCCUUCAUCCGAUGGGCCUAAAGAGAAUUUAGUACUUGUUACACCAAUUCAAGCUGUCAAAAAUAAUUACUUUGAACUUCAGCAAUGUUCAGCUCCAUCUUUAAAACAACUAAGGCUUUUGUUAUCUCCAUCUCUCUACUAUGGUCCUGUUGAUGACGAAUGUGACUCAGAGAAUAAAAGCUCUAGUCUGAACUAUUUUGAUCGUAAUACUGUUGAAACCCGACUGCCAUGCAGUAAGGUGGAGCUUAAUGAGGCGUUUCGACGAUUGCAUGUGUGUGAAAUCAAUGGAUAUUUACGAAUUCUUGAUCAUGAAUACAUGACACAGGUAGUUAGAGAUCUUUUUGCCCUUGCUGAUGAAAAUGCAUGGGACUGGCGUAAAUAUGGCUUCCCUUUGCAUGCCUCAAUAGAAGGUUUGGCAAAUCAACACCUUCCGAAUAUUACCAAGCAAAUUAUGAUGCUAAUUUGUUCUCAGCUAGAAAAUCGAAAAGCAUUUGAUUCUAAAGAUGUAUACGUCUACCCGCGGAAUUCGAAAAUUUGUCAAAUAGUUGGGGAGCAUCUACUAUCAGUUAUUAGCAGCUUUGACCUAAAUGACUUCUUAACACUGUGGAAAGCAUCAGUUCCCAACGGACUGCGACCGAAGCUACGUCGUCAUUUAACUUGCGCUGGACGUGCAUAUUGUGAAAUAACACCCUUACCUACAAACGGUACAAGCGUAAAACUGGAAGGUAAUGAUAUCCGUUCUCGAUUUCGAUGUAUUUCCUUGUUACGAUCUGAGGACUUACCUGAUGAAAGUGUUGAGGCGCGUCUUAAUGCAUUAUUUGAGAGAUGUCCUAUGUGGCCCGAACCAGAAAUAGGUAGUUUCCUAACAGAAUUGUUACCCCCACAACCUCCCAGGAAAAAGUCUUCCUCUAAACACUUAGUCCCAGAAAAAGGGUCUCAAGUAGAUACAUUUUCUGACGUUUUGUAUGCUGAUUCUGAUUCAGACUUCAGCUAUGAAGAUUAUUGUACAGAGUCUACUGAAACUGUUUCAGCACUGGAAGAUGUACCCUUACCAACGCCACCUGCCGUUUGCUCACUUCUAAACAAAUUCUGUCGUGUUAAUAAUACUUCAGUCGGACGUGUAUUAACUCAACGACAUUCGAAGUAGAAAUUAGCGUCGUAUCUUACUUUGUAUAUCAUCUGUAUUCUUUAGAUGAUCAGGACGUUGAAUAAAUUUUUGUAAAUGAAAUUUCGUCAGAUGAAUAAUCAUGUCAAUUAUAUUGUUUAUUAUUGUUUGUAUAAUGUUGAAUAAAGCCAUUAAUUAUAAUUACUAUUAUCAAUAA